AUGAACCCACCGACGUCCGCGGAACCCGGUUCAUUGGACGUGAAUGUUGUCAAACACGUGGUUAUUUCGGCCAGUGAACUGAAUGAAUUACCAUUGUCUAGCUACAAAUGCGAUCUGUGCGGUUUAAAAGUGAAAACAAAAGCGAAUCUACGGGCACAUCAUAUCAAAACACAUCACAUAUUAAAGAGCGAUUCGGACGUGGCGUUCUAUUCGAAGAAGAAAAAUACCAUCACCUAUGUCUAUCAUUGUCCGAUCGCCUCGUGUAAGCAUAAUAUCGAGUGUGAUGGCGGUUUUGCCUCGUUCUCUCGUUUAAAACAGGUACUCUUGUGUUCUUUUGGUCGACGGGUCAUGUCCUUCUCAAAGCAUUUCCAGAUUGUUCAUAUGUCCAAAUCGUACGCAUGCGAUCGGUGUGAGCAACGUUUUGCCACACCAUCGGCACAAGCGUACCACGUGAAACUCUGUGGCAAAACCUAUUCGUGUUCACUUUGCUCCAAAACGUACACAGUUAGGAAACAUUUAAUGCAACAUUUUCGUCGCACUGGACAUCAUCGUGUAACCGACAAUCAGUGCGGUCGUGUACAAACGGGGAAAAGAUCUGCAUGUCUCCAGGGGCUCAAUUUUCUCAAUCCCUCAGCACCAGUUCUCGGUCAUGUUGAACCAGAUUUCCGCAAUGAAGUGGCUCCCACUCCUCUCCAACCACCACCAGCCACCUUUAUUCCGGUGCUCAUCUUACCGAUUCCAGUUCCGGCCAUGACCGAUUGGAAUAAUUUCUCAUUAGGAGCACGCUCUAUGGCAUCGGCGGAUCCGUUUGUUUCACCGGUACUGUUCUCGGAUGCAAAGAUUCAAUCUGUGCCAGAUGCGUCAGAACCAGAAUCAGCUCCAUCCUUGACACAGUACCCGGUAGAAGUAGUUCCACAAGCAUACAUCGAUCCAUCUUUGGAAGAACGUAGUACACAAACAGUGCGUGUGGACGCGGCUGUGGAUGCCACGGUGUCCGGUUCAUACAACACAUCGGUGUCUGUGAAUAUCGGUACGGACGAGGACGAUAUCAGUGCAUUUCUCGGCAGUUUGUUCUGUGAUGCCAGUGUGGAGACAAAAUUUCCGGCUACUCAACUGGUCCACGAGUACACAGAUACCGCACUGGACGCCAAUGAAAUCUUGGAUAGCAUUGACCGGAUCAGUCAGUACGCGGACGCUGCAUUCGACACGAAUGAUUUGCCAUGCAAUCAAACCAAAUCGGAUUACCCGGACACAGAACCGACACAGUUGUUGACGGGGACGACGGAAAAAUUCAGCGGUCAAAUUAUCACCCUCACCCAUGAGGGUAGUCAAUCGGUCGGGCUAUUGACCUCGUUCGAUAAAGAUCAGGAGUCAUCGUGUGAUCAUCGUGUGACUCGGCCAAUCCCGACUGUGACACACGAUACGCGAUACGAGGCUGAGCAAAACUAUUUCACCCCGAUACGACCGUUGGAGACACCGCCACCGUUACGAACACAAAAUCCAUCACAAUUGCUCACUAUCUAUCAAUCGACACCGGAUGGGAUUCAACCCGUUGAUUCACCAAUGCCGAUCCCGUGUAGAAUGUCAGCGGAACGUAACGCCCCGGUCGACCGGGUGAAUCACGGUAUUUCGGAAAUCGGUUGCCAGUAUUCAAGACCUCCAAUCAUGCAAUCCGAUGCCUGUGAAUGUACUGAAGAUCACUUACCGUCUUUCCAAUCUAUCGGUCUCCAAUCGAAUCUAUGGUCUCCGACAGGUCCGGUGUGUGCGUCCAUGGAGACACAGACUAUGGACGCGGACCUUGAAUCCUGGUUGAAUAGUGUUCACACGCAGACCUCAGCCUCACCAUUUGAUAUACACGCGUUUACAGACAUGAGUGUGGGAGUGAAUGAGGAUUAUUUAACCAGUGACUUCGAUUCCGUCGAGACGACAGACAGGAAGUAUGCGAACUAA